AUGGAAGCUUUGUUACCCUCUCCAAAAACAGCAGCAGUAGCAACAACAACAAUUGAUCCGAAAUCAACCGAUCCGCAAGCGAUAUCACAACAAAAAGAAACACAUCUUCGAAAUAAAAGUCGCAAGGGUUCGAUAUCAAUUGUAUCAAAAGAGUCAAAGUCUUCGUUUCCUUAUUCUAUCAAUAAAAACACAAUUACACAAGAGAAGAAACAACGGCAACAGCAACAGCGAAACGAAAACCUACCAAAAAGCCCAAUACAAAUUCAUUCGAAAAUAUCGAAUUCGGAUAAAGAAAAAGAACGCAUAACAGAUACAAAACAAGAAUUAAAUCAUUUGACUGAUAGUAAAAAAAGUUCUAAAGACGAUGACAACACUGUGAAUUCUAACUCACCAUCGGAAAAUGUUGGUGUGGACUCCACUUCUACUCCUAAUACUAUUAUUGAGAAUGAUGUUUCGAAACCAGAACAACCAUCACAAUUGCUUACUCCUCCGGAA